AUGGAUGAAGAUUUUGCUAGGCUGACUGAGAUCCCUGUCUCGAAAGAGCAUAUUAAGAACUGUGCUUUUUCAGCAUGGUAUGACAAAUUUAAAGGCCAUACUCCUAGAGCUGUGAUUAUUAAACCGUUACCUGCCAUAUUUAUUCAAUAUUUGGAGCAAGAUGGGAUUAGGUUAGUAGGAAAAGAUUGCGAGGAUUCGUCAUUUCAAAAGCUUGAAAGGUCUUUAGAAAACGAUUAUAGUGACUGGGAAGAUGCGGAAGAUGGAGAAACUAGCUCUAUUGAUGAUGAGGAAGCUGAAAAACCAAUCCUACCUAAAGUUGACUUUCCUGAAUUGCAUAAGGAGCUUUCUGAAGUAUUUAAUCGGUUUUCUGCUGUUACCCCAAAACUUAACUGGUCAUCUCCAAAAGAUGCUACUUGGAUCAUUCCCAAUGGUACUAUGAAAUGUAAAGAAGCAAACGAUAUAUAUCUUCUACUAAAUGCUUCUAAUUAUGUGAUGCAUGAUCUUCAGCAUGCCUUUUCCGAAUGUAAGGACUUGGAUGACAGCGCUGACGUAGAAUACGAGCUGGUCCUACGAGAAUGGUUUGAUAUCAAUCCAGCUUUAGAGUUCCGCGUAUUUGUGCGGGAUGGGAACAUAAUAGGAAUUUCGCAGAGAGAUCUGAACUAUUACGAUUUCUUGGCACCUUUAAAAAAGACUCUAAAAGCCAAGAUUGAGGAGUUUCUGUAUCAUGAGGUACUAGAGAAGUUUCCCGAUGACUGCUUUGUCGCAGACAUUUACAUUCCAAGACCUUUUACGAAGGUUUGGCUUAUCGAUAUAAACCCAUUUGGAAGGAAAACAGAUCCUCUAAUGUUCAGCUGGACCGAACUUGUUACCUCAUAUGAAGAAGACGACAGCUAUGAUUUCCGUUUAAUCACCGAGCAUAAUAUUGGUCGAUUUGCUUCGAAAGAGCAUUCAGAAAACCAGGUCCCUACAGAUAUCGUUGAGGCUAGCUUAGAUCCAGAUACUCUCAGGGAGUUAACUAGCAAAUGGAAAGAGCUGCUUUCAAUGCAGCAGAAUGAAGAAGUUGAUCAAUAG